AUCCUCGGCCUCGUGUUCCUCCUCGUUCCCGGGAACGUCUUUAUCAUCUGGAGCAUCUUGGCCCGAGCGCGGAGCCGCUCCGUCACCACCCUCCUGAUCCUGAACCUCGCCUUCGCCGACGGCUUCCUCAUGCUGCUGACGCCUUUCUUCAUGGUUUAUUUGCUUCAGCGCCGGUGGAUUUUCGUGGAGAUGUGCAAAGUCCUGUACUACCUCUGCUGCGCCAACAUGUACGCUUCCAUAUUCUUGAUCAUGCUGAUGAGCCUCCACAGGCUGGUGGCGAUAGUGUGCGAAGCGGUCGGAGCGCUGACCAACCGCAGGAUGCUCACGAGGGUGCUGGUGGGACUCUGGGUGCUCGCUUUGGGACUCUCUUCACCCGUUUUGGUUUUCAGGGAAGUCAGUAAGAGUCUCGUGUGCGACUGCUAUCACCACAAACAACCACUACAUGAGGUGAUGCAGUACGGUAUGGAAACAUUACUGGCUUCUUGUUGCCGUGACGGCGUGAUCAUAGGCAGUUACGUGUGCAUCCUGCGCAGGAUCCGCAAGACGCGCUUUCGCAGACGCAUCCGCAGCGAGAAACUCAUCCUGGUGAUCAUCAUCACCUUCGGACUGUUCUGGCUGCCCUACCACAUCAUAAACAUAGUGCAGGUGGCUGCUGCUUUGUAUCCAGACUGUUCUUCCGAAAAAGAAACCCUACAAAAGGUCAGGGCGAAGCUGCGAGCGCUCACCUCCACCAUAGCCUUCGUCAGCAGCUGCAUAAACCCAGUGCUGUACACCUUCGCCGGGAAGUCGUUCAUCCGACGCGAGGGUCUGGCCUUCAUGGCGCGGCUGUUCGAGGGAACGGCGCUGGAGACGACGCGGAGGAUCCGGCGCAGCAAUCAGAACAGCCGCGACCGAGAGAGGGAGACCGACGAGAGAGAAAGUCUCAAAGACAAAGACUCAGACUCCACCACCAGCACGGCCGCUAACGCGAACGCGGUUAUUAAAGCUGCGCCGCAGAAGAACGGAAAGUGAGCGUCCGGCGACUCGUUACGGUGGUGAUCGCGUCGGGCUGUGCGUCGGCACGGUGGGUGAAUCGGGACAGCUUGUGCUUUUGUGGCGGAUGGAGGUCAAGUUUGUAUUUAAAAAAAAAAAAAAAAAAAAACGUUUACCAGUGGUGUACCCCAAAAACAAGAGAACAGGUCGGUGCCAAAGCAUCACCGGACCGAGAACCGAGGCGCCCACACGGGGUUUAAAUGUUAAAUAAUGGACGAGGAACAGGUUCUGACUGUUAAAAAAAAUGUCUGUUAUGUCCAAAAUGAGUGUUUGUCCAGUAGAGGGCGACACGCGACCGAGAGACCGAAGGCACCUGCUUGGAAGAGUGACCCCAGAGCCUGGACGAGGGCCGGGGCCACAGAUUAAGGAGGGGCACGUAUCGCCCCGCCCAUCCCCAAUUUUACUAGUUAUUAGUGUAGAGGAUUGAGCAUGUGUCUUUAAUGUACGAUUUUAUGAAUAAUCUAUUUGGACGCACUAUUUAGAAUCAAUUGGCAAAGUUUAUUAAUAGCUACUCAGAUGAAUGAUAAAUUAAUCGUUAAAUUAAAUUAAUCUAAUUUUAUUGCGCUUUUCACAAUAAAUGAACCAAAAAUAUUGUUUUUACUAAAAUAGCAGUAAUAAAGUGAUUGUUUAAGCAAUAAAUGUUCAUAUCGCAGCUCCAUUUGUAGUUAUUACUGAUAAGAACCAGGAUCACUGUCAAAUCUGAUAAGCCAUUUCAUAUUUUUAGAAGUUAUUAUAGCCUUUAAUAAAAUACUAAUCAUAGCGAUGGUCUCUUUUAGUCUUUAAAAGUGCUCACGUACCUAUUGAACAGAUUUACAGCUCAGAGUGAUUUAAUACUCUGAACUACCGAUAUCAAGUGUUUAUUUGUAAACAAAAAAAACGUAAUCUGACUACAAUGACAUCGGUUAGACCUAUGUUUGUAGAGUUAGCACGUAAUAUUUGUGUAAUGUGGCCAAAUUAAUAAUAAAAUCGUACACAAAGGAAUGGG